AUGAAGGACAACGAUAAGGAUUGGGAAAAGGAAAAACUAAACCCGAACGGAUGGCUCCCGUCGCGACCCAGUCAGCAGUUCAACGUGGUGAGGCGCGUCUAUCAGCAGGAGGCGCUCAACAAAGAUGCUGAUUACCAGGUGCCCGAUUCACCACUCAGCCACCGCUGCAAGAAGGCGCUAAAAAGUUGUGGCUUCGGUGACUGCCUGCUAAACUCGGUGCCGAUCGCCAAAUGGCUGCCGAGGUACAGCCCCAGGCGGGACCUGGUGGGGGACCUGGUGGCGGGCGCCACCACGGCCGUCAUGCACAUACCUCAGGGUAUGGCGUACGCGCUGCUGGCGGAGGUACCGCCUAUUGUUGGUCUCUAUAUGGCUUUCUUCCCCGUGCUGGUGUAUGUGGUCUUCGGCACCUCGCCCCACGUGUCCAUGGGCACCUUCGCGGUCGCCUGCCUGAUGGCGGGAAAGGUAGUGACACAGUAUUCCGCGCAUCCUGAAUACGCGAACCUGGUCAAUGCGACGAACGUGACAGCGGCAGAUGCUAUGAUGGCAGCACCACAAUACACGCCACUCCAGGUCUUGAGCGUAGUUUGUCUGACCGUCGGCUUCUUCCAGAUAGCCAUGUGGGCUCUACGCCUCGGGGCGCUGUCCACCCUGCUCUCGGAGCCGCUGGUCUCCGGCUUCACCACGGCCGCCUCCUUCCAGGUGCUGUCCUCGCAGCUGAAGGACCUCUUCGGCGUGAAGAUACACAAGCUCGGGCCCAACUACAAAGUGGUGCUGACCGUGAUAGAAGUGGUAAAGAACAUGCCGUACCUCAACUGGGCCGCGCUGGUGAUAUCCAUAAUCACCUGUCUCAUCAUCGCUCUGAACAACGAAUUGCUGAAGCCGUGGGUGAGCAAACGCUGCCGGGUUCCUGUGCCGAUCGAGCUCCUCGCCAUCGUGGUGGGCACGCUGGUCUCCAGGUUUGGCGGACUCAAGGAGCAAUUCGGGAUCGCCCUGGUCGGGCACAUACCAACUGGGCUCCCGGUGCCGGAGCCGCCGCCCGUGGAGCUGGUGCCGUCCGUGGCGCUCGACGCGUUCACCAUCACGAUGGUCACCUACACCAUCUCCAUGUCGAUGGCGCUGAUCUUCGCCGCCAAGGAGAAGUACGAGAUCGACGCGAAUCAGGAGCUCCUCGCCCUGGGUGCCAGCAACGUGUUCGGCUCCUUCUUCUGCUGCGCCCCAAUCUGCGCCAGCCUCUCGCGCUCCUACAUACAGUACCAAGCCGGCAGCAAGACGGGCUUGACCACCGUGGUGAGCGCCCUGCUCAUCCUCUGCGUGCUUCUGUGGAUCGGCCCGUUCUUCGAGCAGCUGCCCCGCUGCGUGCUGGCCUCCAUCAUCGUGGUCUCCCUCAAGGGCAUGUUCAUGCAGGUCAAGGAGCUGCGGAAGUUCUGGCGGCUGAGCAAGCUGGACGCGAUCGUUUGGCUGGUCACCUUCCUAACGACCAUGCUCGUCAACAUCGACAUUGGGCUGGCUGCGGGUCUGUUGGCUAGCGUGGCGACGCUGUUCUGCAGGUCCCAGAAACCGUACACCUGCUUACUGGGCCGCGUGCUAGACACGGACCUCUACUUGGACACCAAACGCUACAGGGCGGCCGAGGAGAUCCCCGGCAUCAAGAUAUUCCACUACUGCGGCGGGCUCAACUUCGCCACCAAGAACCUGUUCAGGUCGACGCUGUUCCGCAAGAUAGGGUACCUGAAGGGGGCGGAGACCUCGCCGGAUGAGGACAACCUCACCAGGAGCGAGUCCUGCGAGUGGGACCCCACCAUUGGGAACAGGGUGCAAUGCGUGAUCAUAGACGCGACGGCUCUGUCGUACGUGGACGCGCCGGGCAUCAAGAGCCUGGUGGCGGCUCAAAGAGAGCUGGCCACCAACAAUAUCACGGUGCUGCUGGCUGGAGCCAAUGGUCCGGUAUUGGAGAUGAUAGAGCGUUACAACUCCUUGGAAUCGGAACGGCUGCAAUUGGACACAUUCCCGACUGUUCACGACGCGGUCGUCUACCACAAGAUCCUCAUCUCGAGAAAACCGGACCCCGCGAUAACCGUUGUGACG